AUGGAAGCUGCCCGGUGCAGAUACCUGAUUCUCUUACUCAUUACUGCAUGCAGACUCAUCCCAGAAGUCGCGGCAGACAUUGAGGAAGUCUCAGAUGGUCCCAGUGAUACCCAGGGACCCAUAUGGCUCACCGAUGUCCCAGCUGCCGUGGACUUUAUCGCUGCUUCUGAGAUAGCCGUCAUAGGCUUCUUCCAGGAUUUAGAAAGACCAAUAGUGUCCAUAUUUCACAGCAUGGCGCAGCAUUUCCAGGACGUGUUUUUUGGGAUCAGCAACAGUUCUGAAGUCCUGGCCCACUACAACAUCACCAGCAACACCAUUUGCCUCUUCCGUCUGGUUGAUAACGAACAGCUACGAAUAGAAGGCGAAGACCUUGAGAACAUGGACACCUCGAAACUAAGCCGUUUCAUUGAGACCAACAGCCUCCGCUUGGUGACCGAGUACAGCCCGAUGACCGUUCUUGGCCUCUUUAACUCCAUGAUCGAGCGCCAUCUUCUCCUGGUGAUGAACAAGGCUUCCGCGGAGUAUGAAGAGAGCAUGAGCAGAUACCGGCAGGUGGCUGAGCUAUUCCAGGGAGAGAUUCUGUUUGUUUUUGUGGACAGUGGCAAAAGGGAGAAUGGAAAAGUGAUAUCCUAUUUCAAACUAAAGGAGUCUCAGCUGCCAGCUUUGGCCAUUUACCAAACUCUGGAUGACAAGUGGGACACACUGUCCAUAACAGAGGUGACAGUGGAACAAGUGAAAGGCUUUUGUGAUGGAUUCCUACAGGGGAGGUUGUUGAGAGAAGAUCAUAAGUCAGAAGAAAAUACUCCAAAGGAAGAGCUCUGAUGCCCCCAAUACUUUUGUUUACUCUGUUUAUCUACUUUGUGCUGAAUAAAAGGGGGCAAUU